AUGGCUUUCGACGCCGCCUUACGACUCUACUUUACGACUGAGGAGCUCAGAGAGACCAACAGCGCCAAGUUGGCCGCCGCGAAUAUGCCCGUCAAGAAGAUUCUCGCUCAGCGCAAGGGCCGAAAUGCGGCCAAGGCCACGGAGGAGGAGGCGGAUAACCUCUGCCCGGAUAUCCACGUGUGUAUGGGAGCCCGGGUCAUGCUGACGACCAAUCUCUGGACCGAAAUGGGACUGGUCAACGGCUCGAUGGGUUCUAUUGAUGAUAUUGCAUGGGACCAGGGCCAUGAUCCCUCUUCCAUGCCGUCUCUCAUACUCGUCAAGUUUGAUAGCUAUACCGGGUCGGUUUUUCCACAAUGUAACCCGGGCAUCGUACCGGGUUUCCCACAGACCGCCAGUUCGAGUUCAAGGGGGUGGCAUGUUCCCGUACUCAGUUUCCUCUCCGGCUCGCAUAUGCGAUCACCGUCCAUAAGAGUCAAGGAUUAA